AUGCGAGCGAUUAGCGGAGCGGGAGCGGCGGCGGGUGCAGCGGCGAGCACACGUGGUAUAACCUCAGGUGCGCCCCGCCCCCCGCUCGCCCCGCCCGUUUCUAGCCGUCAGCUCGAACGGGCAACUCACUCAGACGCGAGCUGCACUCGACGCUCGAACGGCGGGAAAACACCGGCAGUUUUCCGUUCCACGCACCGAACUUCCGCACGAUUCGAAUUCGAAUUUCGAACGCGAGUUUCGAGUUUGUGA